CACGGCACUCACUGCGCCUCGACUGUGGGCGGCAAGGACUACGGCGUGGCCAGUGGUGUUACGAUCAUCACGGUGCAGGUGCUCUCCUGCUCGGGCUCCGGCUCGAGUGCAGGCGUGUCUGCAGGGAUUGAGUGGGCGGUUGCCGACGCCAAGGCACGCGGGAAGCCCGCGAUACUCUCCAUGUCUCUUGGGGGCGGGGGCUCCAAUCGGUAUGAUGCGGUCAUCGGCGCCGCUCACGCGGAAGGCGUGCUUACCGUCGUCGCUGCGGGGAACAACAACGGCGACGCGUGCCGCAAGUCUCCCGCAUCCACCGCGCUCGCCAUCACCGUGGGCUCGACAGACCGAGGCGACGGCAGGUCCAGCUUCUCCAACUAUGGACCCUGUGUCGAUGUGUUUGCACCGGGCCGUGAUAUCACCGCUGCUUGGUCUGGCUCGGACACCAACACGAGGACGAUCAGUGGGACA